CCAAUGAAAUGUAGUUGGUACCUGAAACUAAAUCUGUCUGUUCCAGUCUGCCCUGGUCCUCUACGUGACUUGCUUUUAUAACCAAAAUGUUUUUAUUGUGGGUGUUCUAGUGGUGGAGAAAAAAAUAGCCACACUUGUUAUGAAAAAUUACAGUUUGAGUUUAGGUCAAACAUUUGGUGAAAUAUGACACUUUCUUCAUUGUAACUAUGGUGCUUGUAAAAGAUACUUGGGGCACCUGGACAUUUUAUGUAUCUUAGAAUUUGAAUUUCAUACCUUUAGCUAUGUAUGUGAAAAUGUAAACAGCCCAGUAAUUUUUCUCUGUAGCCACAAGAAAGACGCUGCUGUGUAGUUUAGGAGCCACAUUUGUAGCCCAUGUAAUAUUUGUCAGCUCAAUUAUUUUCCAUUUUAAUAAUACUUUACUCUUCACGUUCUCUGUCAGUUGAUAUUUAAAAUACGGUCCCUUGGCGACCCCUUGCGGUAAAUCAUUGUAAUUGCCGUUCAUUCUCACUUCCGCUCCUGCGGUCAAAGAGGAAGCCCCGCCGCUCCAUCAUGUCUUCUCUAUUUUUGUGACUCCAACCUGUUUGUUUAACGCGGCGUUGCUGCCGGAAGGCGGCCGCCUACCUGUCGGUAUGUCAAUGUCAACGUUUCAAAAGGUGACCCUCGCCACGUGCCUCGUGCUGUGCGUGGCGCUGCUGCUUCCCAAGAUGCUGCUGUCCAGGGGGAGGAAGGAUGCUGCCGAGCGGCCAGAAGGCUCAGGCCGUUUUCCUCCCAUGAUGCACCGGCAGAUGGCUCCAGAGGGCCGUGGCCAGAGGGCAGCGGGAUCCGGGUUCUCCAGAACCCAUAACUCUGAUUCCAUGUCCAGGGCUAAAGGAGCCGGGACCGGGACCGGAGGCAAAUCCAACCUGGCGGGACAGAUUAUCCCCGUGUACGGCUUUGGGAUCUUACUCUACAUCCUCUACAUUUUAUUUAAGAUCACAUCUAAAGGGAACAACAAGCCAUCAGGUAGAAGGUGUCUUCCACAUCGAUCUGAGAACAUGAAGAGGAAGAUCACUGACUUCGAGCUGGCCCAGCUGCAGGAGAAGCUCAGGGAGACGGAGCUGGUGAUGGAGAACAUCGUCUCCAGCGCCCACCACAGUCCUGACAGGGUGACGGGGGUCACCGCCGACCAGGAGGAGAGUCUGCUGCAGCAGCUGUCGGAGAUAACCAGAGUGAUGCAGGAGGGCCAGCUGGUGGACGGGAUCCUGCCGGAGAAGAAGGUCCAGGAAGGCUGGGACGACUAUCCAGAGGAACCUCGCCCGUGUUGGGACGGUACCCAGUGCUGCUGUCAGCACAGCCCAGAAGGAGAACCUGAUGCAGACAGAACAGAAGAGGCUUCGGACAACCAGGAGGAAAACCUUCUGGGGGGAUUUAAAGGUCAAGAGUCUGAAGACACUGAAGAAAGAGCAAAAGAGGAGGAGAAGGAGCAUCAGCACAACAUGGAAGGUGCUCAGCUUGACCUGGCCGGGGUCCUCAAGGAGCUGGAGCUCACCCUGAAGGUGACGUCCGUGUUGGAGCAGGAGAAAGUCCACGAGCUCAGCCGACCUGCGGCGACGGAAACAUCCGGCGGCUCAGUGAGACGGAGGAACAAGAGAAGGAAGGCCAAGAAAGCUGCACCCUGACUCCCAUGAGGCUUAGCAACGUUAGCUCGGGCUUUAGGAGCUCUCGGCAGGUUGGCCGUAGCAUGGCAGCUGGUGUUAGCAUGACAACACCAGCCAUGGUAAUCUUUCCUUGACCUGGAAGAGAGCAGAACCUGAGCGUCAGGAACGGCUCUACCUGAAGGUUUGGUAUCGUAAAGUAGCAUUUAAAUGAACCGUUUAAUAAGCCGAGUUCAUACUGCAACACUGACUUUAACCCAGGAACCUGUUUAUGGGAUUUAUUAUUUCUGACAAAAACUGUCAGCCAAUCAUCACUGGUGUAUUAAAUUUGGGCUUUUAAUGAUUUAUUUGAAAUGUUCUGUUUAGAGUGGAAUGAUCAUAGAUGCCGGGCCGGACAGAAGCGUAGGCAAUAACAUGCUGCUGUGUCAAAGAACUUGGUAUCACACAGAGCAAGUUCAUCUGGGCAGGAGUUGUUCACAUAUGAAGGCAAAUGUUUAGAAUUGGAAAGUUAUGUCAACAAUAAGCUCUAAUUUAUUACUUUAUCACAAUCUAAAGCUGUUAAAAGCUCAAGUUUUUUUUUAAAAUAAAAAGUUAUAAAAUAUUUAUAUAUUAUGGAGCCAGGCCAAUGAGAAUCAAACUAAAAACUGCAAAUGAACUGUGCAGAUAUGUAAUCAUGCAAGAAACUUAUUGUAUAAAAUUUUUUUAAUGUGGUUCUGGCUUUGAUCUGCUCCUGCGUUUCCCACGUCAGAAAGACGACAGGUUUAAGGAUUGCCGUUACCCUUUUUAGAACAUUUCCAGACUUCCUUGUGUUUUCCACGUUUUUACAUUUUAGCAUGCAAACUGAAAAAGGUUUUUCCUGAAAACGUAUGACGAUGUUUUAGAAAGCUGUUGUCAGAAAAGCACACAAGUUCAGACAGAAAAUACUAAGAUAUUCUGAAAGACAAUAAACGCUUUUGCUUCCUCUUAUUUCA